AGCAUCUUGCAAUCACCUCCCAGACACGAGAAAAAACUCUGUUACUAGUACCUAGCUAGCUAGCCCUAACCAUGGCUUCCAACGGGAGCAUGUUGCCCAUCGUCAUGGCGUGCGUGCUCCUCCUCGCCGGCAGCACGUGCCACGCGGCCCGCAACCUGGCCGACACGACGCCGGCAGCUCCCGCUCCGGCUGCUAGUGCCGUCCCUGGACUGCCGGCCGUGCCGACCUUGCCCGCCGUGCCCACGGACACGGUCGCCCUAAUGUCACCCAUGCCGUCGGUCACACUCCCCACCGUGCCGCAGGUGACCCUGCCGCCCAUGCCGGCCAUCGUCGUGCCCAAGGCGGUGCUGCCGCCGAUGCCCAAGGUCACCCUCCCCACAGUGACGAUGGCACCGAUGCCUGGGAUUGUCGUGCCCAAGGUGAUGCUGCCGCCGUUGCCCUUCGUCCCGAAUGUGAACGUGCCUAUGCCGAUGGCGGCGCCACCCCCGUCGACGUAGGCGCGCCCAUGUGAGAGUGGCGCCAGGUCACUCCGUGGUCACGACGCAUAUAUAUGUUCUUUACAUGCAAAGCUCUGCGUUUUAAGCGUGAUGUAUCAGUAGAUCCUACUUUUGUUUACGUCUCAGUGUAUUUAUUUUUAGUCUGUUGCUGCUAGUGUUUGACUGAUAGGGGUUGUCCCAGUGUCUAUAUGUAUUUUUGCGGGAAACCGUCGAUUUAUUCAUCUUCAAUCAUGGCAGUACAACGAACACCAGAAAUAAUAAAAAUUACAUCCAGAUUCA